AUGACAACAGGGAAACACUUCCGGCCCCUGCAAUUCAGCCCCGUUCAUAUAUUAAAAGUCAACUUCCGGUGGGACCUUCUUUUCGGCGAUCGCUACGAACUCGCCAACAUGCCACUCGCAAAGGACCUGUUGCACCCAUCCUCAGAGGAGGAGAAGAGGAGUCACAAGAAGAAGCGUCUUGUACAAAGCCCUAAUUCCUAUUUCAUGGAUGUCAAAUGUCCAGGAUGCUAUAAGAUAACGACAGUUUUCAGUCACGCCCAGACAGUCGUGCUGUGUGUUGGAUGCUCCACAGUCCUGUGUCAACCUACGGGGGGGAAAGCACGCCUCACAGAAGGAUGCUCAUUCAGGAGAAAACAGCACUAGUCUCUAAAUGGACCUUGUCGGACAGAGAGACAGGAUUGGAUGACAGGUUUUGCAGUGACCCUGCUCAGGAAGUUGCUACACAAGGAAAAAAGGAAACGUUGAACUGAUGAGGGAAAUGUAUGCUAUGGUGUUGAGCUUCGCUGUAAUGACCGCUGUAACGCCAGUACUCCGCCUGUCUCUCAUUUAUUAAAGUUUAGUUUUUUUCGUUAAAGAA